GAUCAAUUCGUAAAGUUUGCUGGGACAUAUCGUACCAUCAUUGGUCCCAAAGCGACAGCAGCAUGUUUUUGCUCAUUUCCAGCUGCUCAUGUCAGUAAUCUGACUUGCUUUUUUGAUCAGGUAGCCGGUACAGGUUUGCUGCUAUUCUUCGUGGUUGUUAUUAUCGACCGUCGAAACGGUAUACCAGCAUGCGCUCAUCCCUUCCUCUUUGGUUUUGUUCUUGUAAUGAUCGGUAAGUCCUUAGCAGCUCAGUCCAAUAUAGAAAACGAUGAAUCGCCCCAUGAGGGGCUUUCGUAUAUAAAUAAGUUCGUGGAUUCUUAUGGAGAAUAA